GAGACUGAUCACCACAAUGGCAACGAAAUGGUGAGUGUAGCGGACGCUCUUCGGGAUUCGAAACCGUGUGUAGCGAAAAGUGUCAGAAAGGUAAGAAUGCCAUCAUACGACUAAGAAGAAAAUCUGAUGAAGAUGGCACUGAAGACUAUAGCUCUGACCAUCCGGAAGCUGUGAAGCUACUUGUGGACUUUAUUUAUCUAGGCGACUACACGUCGGUCGACCCGAAGAAAUUUAACGUGCAAACCGAUGUCUCAAGCGCUACACGCAUUAGUAAGAAAGAUAAGGAUCGAAAGGGCGAAUCAUUCGUGUCUAUCGAAGAGCUGGAGGUUGCUAAGCUGCUAGGACCCCUGGAACGCCGCGCUCGAAUGUUCGCAAUGGGUCUCAAAUUCAUCAUCCCAUCCCUCAUGUCUGUAGCGGUCAACAAGUACAACGAAACUAUCAAAGCGACUGAUUUCUGCCCCCAAGACCUUGCUAUCGCAACAACAAUCACGUACAAGACCGGAAGCGAUCGCGAGCCGGCCAUUAAGAACGCCGUUCUAGCAUCCAUUGUCAAGCACUCUUCGAAGAUCAUGAAGGAGCCAGAGAUUCGGGAAGCCAUUGAUAUGUCUGAUCAAUUGGCCGUAGCAGUUAUCGAAGCUCUUGCCAACCAUUAUUUCUGCCACAGCUCCUACAAAGGAUGUUCCGGGGACGGUCUUGCUCAAGAUCAAUGUGGCAUUUGUCAAUCUUGGAGGCAAGCAAGAUGUUCCUGUAACCGCUGAGCAUGUUGAUAGCUUGAAUCGUUCAUCUCCUUGGAGAUUUCUGAGACGGUCACUCUCUCGCUCGACGCAGACGAUAGUUGUGAAAAGACAUAUCAGGUAUCAAAACAAUGUCAAUCACG